AUGGAAGACUUAGUGGUGGUGAAAUCAGCGAGCAUUGUUCAUCCCAGAGGAGAUGUUGUUAACCAAUCAGAUCGGGUGAAGAAGAUCAAUCUGACUCCAUGGGAUCUCUUACGUCUUCGUUUUGAUUAUCCUCAAAGAGGUCUCUUCUUCCACAAACCUGAUUCAAAUAUCGAUGUUAUAAUCUCAAACUUAAAAACUUCGCUCUCUAUUGCUCUCGACCAUUUCUACCCUCUAGCUGGUCGGCUUGUCAAAGAGGUCAACGAAGACGAUGACACUGUCUCGUUUUCCGUUAGCUGCUGCGAUGGUGGUGGUUACGGUGUGAAGUUCGUUCACGCGGCAGCUAAAACCAUCGCGGUUAGUGAUCUGGUUAAGUCCGGUUUUGUCGACGGUUUACUAGGUACUUUUUUCUUCCCUGCGACCGGAAUCAAGAACUAUCAAGGUGUGUCAAACCCUUUACUUCUUGUUCAAGUAACCGAGUUAAAAGACGGGAUUUUUAUAAGUUAUGGCUAUAACCAUGCCGUUGCUGACGGAAAAUCUAUCUGGAAGUUCAUCAACAAAUGGUCUGAGAUUUGCUCAGGAUCUAGAUCCAUGGAAAUGUCCUUGUCUCUUCGAGGUUGGUUCCUCGAUGGGAUUGAAUAUCCAAUCCAUGUUCCAGAUCCUGAAACAAGAACAUCUAGUAGUUAUGUUCCUUCAGCAAAAAAAGUUCUACAAGAGUUUGUUUUUCGUGUUACAAAGGAUAAUGUUUUGAAACUGAGAGCUAAAGCCAACACCGAGGCAGGAUCCGAAGAUGGAAUAAUCUCUUCGUUUCAAGCGGUUUUGGGACAUAUAUGGCGUUCAAGGGUCAAACACAGUGACAUGAGACGAGAAGAGGAGACAGAUUGUAGAGUAGCAAUAGACAUGAGACAGAGGCUAAACCCAAAGUUAAAAGAAGAGUGUUUCGGGAAUGUGGUUCAGACCGGUAUAGUUACGGUUAACGUUGGGGAGAUGGUUGACCGUGAACUUGGGUGGUUGGCUCUACAGAUAAACCAAACGGUUGGGACUCAAACCGAUGAGAACGCUAAAGCAUUUGCAGAGAAUUGGGUUAAGAAGGUUGAGAUUCCAGCUUCGGUUAGUGGGACCCUACUUGUGACUAGCUGUCCCCGGUUUAAUGUGUAUGGAAACGACUUCGGUUGGGGUAAACCAAUCGCAGCGCGUUCUGGACCGCCAUUCAGCAAUGGGAAGCUCGUGGUUUUCCAAGGCGUUGGAGAAGGACUUGAAUUUCAAGCUUGUUUUCCUCCUCAUGUAGUUGCAAGACUAUUGAAAGAUGUUGAGUUUUUGGAGUAUGUUGAGAUUGCUUCUUGA